AUGGCUGCCCCUGAAUUGACUGUGGCUGUGCGAGACUUUCUGUGGCUGAGCCUCCUGUCUCUUCCUCUCCGCCUGACCUCGCGUCCACUUCCCCAGCAAACACCAAGUACCGGUACUAAGCCCGUCCUGUGUCUCACUGGUUCCGGCGGUCCACACCUCAAAUCCUCUGUCUUCCCAGAUCGGUGGCUUGAGGAGCUCCCGACCCACCAAAGCUCCCUCUUGUUCCCCGCAAAGCACGCAAAUGCAGCUGGGAAGCAAAAGGACUGGGAACUGGGAUCCUUCCAAAAGCCAAUCCGAGAUGACGACCAAGUCCGUCCCGAUCUACAGAGUUCACACCGUCAAGUACGGGUGUUCCUUGGGCUAACCUCACAGUCCACGGAGUUACAGUCGAGUGACGAAAGGGCGCUUUUCCUUGGCCCAAUGCGUGCUAUGCGUUCUCCUCUUCCAAUUCCCUGGCUCAUCUUGUCCAAGUAUCCCGUCACUCGUUCCCCACGGGUGAGGAACCUCGAUGCUGUUUGUGCGCCCUCCGCCUCGGCCUCGGAGCUACCCAUGCCUUACCAAUUUGCUUCUGGCUUCUCUCUGUCUGUCCAUGCUGCUUCUGUUUCUAGGCAAGGUACUAUAGUCGGCGCACCUGAACCCACGGCCCCCGAGGCCGAGGCCGGCGCUCCCACUUUGGACACCACAACAGCUCCUUCGCAGCCCGCCAAGCCGGAGGAGACCAAACCAACUGACGGAGCCGGUGGUCUCAGCGCCCCGCCGAAACCCGUCGAGGUUGCGUCUGUGCCAGAGACACCCGUCAACAACAUGACACCUGCAGGCGGCACUCCACGACCCGUGCUCAACCUCGAAGAAGAACCAAAGGAAACGCCAAAGAACGAGGACGAGAAUGCGUUCAUCACUGAUGCUCCAACAUCGGCGCCUGCUGUCUCCGCCCCAACGGAUGUCCCUAUGACUGACAAUGCUGCCGACGACAAGCCAGCGGGCAUCAACGGCGCUAGUAAGCCCGAGGUCAACAACGUCGCCGAAGCAGCUGCAGGCGAAAAGCGCAAGGCCGAUGAGCCUCCUGCUGCCACCAACGGCGCAUCCGAUCCCGCUGCGACACAGAAGUCGGAGUCGGAGGAGCGUGCUGAGAAGAAGGCUCGCGUUGAAGACGUCGCGGAUGAGCCGACCGCCACUGAGAAUACUUCGCCAAACGGUAAGCACGAAAACGGGAAAGCUGCGAAGAAGGACAAGAAGGUCAGCCCGGUUGCUGGGAAAACUGCACGUAAGACGCGAAGUCAAGGUCCUGUUGAGGUUUAG